GUGGGGCACCGUGUUCGGCGUGCUGGCGAAGGAGGUUGGUGGGUUCAUGUUUCACGAGCUGCUCCCCCAAUGUUGCGCGGGGAUGCCGUCCUGGGAUGAUAUCACGGAGGAGGGGGCUCAGAAUUUGGAUGAGUACCGGAAGAUGGAAUCCAGUUUACGGCCAGUCUUCUUUCACUAUGGCGUAGACGCGGAGACGUCGCGUAACCUCAUUGAUCGGUGUAGGCGCUUGCUCACGAGCCUGAGUAGUCAGCUGUGGUGGCGUCUCCGCGCCUACGAUGGGUGGCCGCUGCGUUUGGCCGAGUCGGCGCACCCUGAUAGCGAUCAGAAGCAUGCCCAAGGGAACCGCGAUGUUUUCGAUGAGUUGUACGCUGCGAGCGCAUGUUGCCUAGACAGGGACUUCAGCCAGAAAGCCAUUGCCUUGUUCGGUUCUGCAGUAGAGAUGAGGAGGGACAGCCAGUUCAGAGCACUAUUGAAUUCCUGGGUCCGCCACGCUAAGCAAGCAAACAUGCAUGUGGAAAGGAUGCUGGCGCUGAUCAAG